AUGGCCGCUUUCAUUAAGGCAAUCAACGCCAAGAUCCGCUCCAACAAGGUUGCGGAUUAUGUCUGCUCCACCCACUUCUGGGGCCCCGUCUCCAACUUCGGUAUCCCCUUCGCCGCUGUGAUGGAUACCCAGAAGGAUCCUGAGAUUAUCUCCGGUACCAUGACUGGCGCCCUUAUUGUUUACGCUGUCACCUUCAUGCGCUACUCCCUCGCCAUCACCCCCAAGAACUACCUGCUCUUCGCCUGCCAUUUGACCAACUUCGGCGCCCAGACUACCCAGGGAUACCGGUAUCUGGCUUACUGGAACUGGGGAGGCCGAGAAGCUCAGCUUGCUGAGAAGGCCAAGCAGGGCAGCAUUGUUGCUGAGGGCGGUUCCGCUUAA